GGGAGGUGGCCCGCACGGCCCGGGGCGGGCCCAGCAGAGGGCGGGUUAGAAAGCGCUCGGGCGGGCGCGGGAAGCGCGGGCCGAGCGCGCAGAUUUCGGCGCGGGAGGUGUCCUUCUCCAGCAGUGCCUGGCUGACACAGAGACCUUCAGGAACUACUUCUUGAAACCACUAGAAGGAGCCUUCUGCCUCCAUCAGGAGGUGUGUGGGUUUGCUGCCUAGGACUGAGAAGACCUUUGGACAGCCUGGGAUUUACCAAUAGAAGGCUACUUAGCUUGUGAGACUGCCGAAUGGGGCCCCUGGAGACCUGAGGGAUUCUCCCCUGACAAGCCUUUGACACUUUUUCACUCUGGACCCUCGCCCAGGACCCAGCCUUCCGCCUGAGCUAGGACCCCCUCCUGGGGACUAUCCAGGUUUCUUUGGCUCCAGCCCUACUGCCCACGUCGAGUCUACUAAUCCGCAAGAAGAGGGAGGGAGCUGCCAACCAGGCACAGCCGAGAACCCUGGAACCAUGACAACCAGUCACCAGCCUCAGGACAGGUAUAAGGCAGUAUGGCUCAUUUUCUUCGUGCUGGGCCUGGGGACAUUGCUCCCCUGGAAUUUUUUCAUGACAGCAACUCAGUAUUUCACAAACCGCCUGGACCUGUCCCAGAAUGUGUCCUCAGUCACCGACAAAUCAAGCAAGGACGCCGAGGCCUUGCCUGCGCCCACGAUGCCCUCUCCAGAGCGGAGUUCUCUCAGUGCCGUCUUCAACAAUGUCAUGACCUUGUGCGCCAUGUUGCCCCUGCUGCUUUUUACCUGCCUCAACUCUUUCCUGCACCGGAGGAUCCCUCAGACUGUUCGGAUCCUGGGCAGCCUGGUGGCCAUCCUGCUGGUGUUCCUCAUCACGGCCAUCUUGGUGAAGGUGGAGGUGGACGCCCUGACAUUUUUCACCAUCACCAUGGUCAAGAUCGUGCUCAUUAAUUCAUUUGGUGCCGUUUUGCAAGCUAGUCUUUUUGGUCUGGCUGGCGUCCUGCCGGCCAACUACACAACCCCCAUCAUGAGUGGCCAGGGCCUGGCUGGUUUCUUCACCUCUGUGGCCAUGAUCUGUGCCAUUGCCAGUGGCUCCAAGCUGUCAGAAAGUGCCUUUGGCUACUUCAUCACAGCCUGCGCAGUUGUCGUCCUGGCCAUAGUGUGCUACCUGGCUCUGCCUCGACUGGAAUUCUAUCGGUAUUACCUUCAGCUGAACCUUGAGGGGCCCUCGGACCAGGAGACCAAGUUGGAUCUUAUCAGUAAAGGAGAGGAACCAAGACGAGGAAGAGAGGAAUCCGGGGUACCAGCUCCCAGCUCUCCGCCCACCAGCAAAGAUCACUCUAUCAAGGCCAUACUUAAGAGCAUUGCAGUCCUGGCUUUCUCUGUCUGCUUCAUCUUCACUGUCACCAUCGGGCUGUUCCCUGCUGUGACUGCUGAGGUCGAAUCCAGCCUUGCCGGCACCAGUGCCUGGAAGAGCUACUACUUCCUUCCGGUGGCUUGUUUCUUAAAUUUCAAUGUCUUUGACUGGCUAGGCCGGAGCCUCACAGCUGUUUGCAUGUGGCCUGGUAAGGACAGCCGCUGGUUGCCGGUUUUGGUGGUCUCCAGGAUCGUGUUCAUUCCCCUGCUGUUGCUGUGCAAUGUGAGGCAGCACUACUACCUGCCUUCCGUCUUCACGCACGAUGCCUGGUUCAUCAUCUUCAUGGCUGCCUUUGCCUUCUCCAAUGGCUACCUUGCCAGCCUCUGCAUGUGCUUCGGGCCCAAGAAAGUCAAACCAGCUGAGGCGGAGACAGCGGGAAACAUCAUGUCUUUCUUUCUUUGCCUGGGCCUGGCUCUGGGAGCUGUGUUGUCCUUCUUGUUACGGGCACUUGUGUGACCAUGUGGGGACAGACUGCACUGCCUGCCUGCUUCCUGUGCGUUUUCAUCCCUGCCUGGGAUGAGUCUGGUCCUGAGGUUUGCUCUUCUAGCUGACCUUGGCUUUCUUCUGGCCUGUGCUGGGCCCAGAUGUCCAGCCCCAGGGAGGGAGCCUCCUCGGAUGGACUUGGGAUUGAGGAGUCAGAAUGGCAGGGAGGCACGUUCUCUUACGGAAAGCUCUGGCUGUCCCUGCUGAAACCAGCACAGCUCCUAGGCUGAGAGACUGUGUCUGCCUCACUAGGGUGGGUGGAGGCGGAAGGCUGGCUGGUGUCAUGUGAUCUGUUGAUGUUCCUUCUCCUUGUCCCCAUCCCUUGUCAUUUUACUGCCUUUUUGUACUGACAGAAGCCAGGUGCCUUCACAGGCUCUCUGAUUAAAUAAACGUUUGGUUUUUU